AUGACUGCACAUGGAGACUAUAAAUUUGGCGGUAUUGUUCGAAUGUAUUUGUAUCCCAAUACAUUCUUCUCACUACUAAUGACAACCGUGCCAAACGGAGUUUCUCAAAUAGAGAAUAUUACCCGUCAAUUGCUUCUAGGAAGAUUGAAGUCUGUGUUAACUAGUCAGCCAAAAGAAAUCAAUAGGCAUAUUGAAGAACCAUGCAACUUCAUUCAAUCGUUUGACUCCGAAGAUUCGGAGACAAAUCGAAAUGUGCCGGAAGCUAAUCUUUGGUCACCAAAUUCUCCACCAAUUCAAAUAAGAGAUCAGUGGAUUCAUCGUUCUCCACAACAGCUCGUCAGUCAAACUAGUCGUCUCGCUUGUCAAGUGACAGAAAUCAGUGUGGAUAUUCCAAUCAUUCGAAUUCCGAAACGAUCCCUGUCGCCGGUCGAAACACAAUCAUCAAAUGAACAUUCGACGCCAAGACGCACAAAACGUCGCCGAACAACUUUCACAUCAACAUCCUAG